AUGAAAGACUCCAACAAAAGGCUAGUGCAGGUUGAAGCUAAUGUGAAUGACUUGAAUAUUCACAUGAAGAGCAUCGAUAACCAGAUGAGCCAGAUUUCACAGGCUGUGGGUAUUCAGCAUCAACCAGGCCAAUUCCCUUCACAAACGGUUGUAAAUCCUAAAGACUGUAAGGAUUGCAAAGCCAUCAUUCUGAGAAGUGGAAAGAGCUACGAAGGCCCAACCAUGCCUGCAGAGAAUGAGAAAAUCUCUCAAGAGGAGACAGUUGUAGAAGAGGUGGUGGAAGAAGAAGAACCAGUGGAAGAGGUGCUGCCUCCCAAGGCAAGCACCGUGAUACCUGCAUCCCCUGCUGAGGUUAAGAUCCCAUUUCCACAGCGCGUGCAGAAGAAGAAACUAGAUGAUCACUUCUCUAGGUUUCUUGACAUAUUCAUAAAAGUGCACAUUAACAUCCCACUGAUUGAGGCACUACAGCAGAUACCGAAGUAUGGGAAGUUUCUGAAGGAGGUGAUAGCCCAGAAGACCAGUUGGGGGCAGGUAGACACUAUUAAUCUAACUGAAAAUUGCAGUGCUCUGCUGCAAAGGAAACUGCCUGCCAAGCUGCAGGAUCCUGUAAGUUUCACUGUCGACUGCCUCAUUAGGGGCUAUAAGGUGGAGAAUGCUCUCUGCGAUCUAGGCGCGAGUAUUAAUCUAAUGCCACUAUCAGUGUUCAAGCAACUGAACAUCGGUACUUUGAAACCCACCUCAGCCACACUACAGAUGGCAGACAGAUCUGUCGCGUAUCCAGAGGGCAUCGUGGAAGACCUACUGAUUAAGGUCGGGGAAUUUAUUUUUUCCAUCGAUUUUAUGGUCUUGGACAUGGAAGAAGACAAGGGAGUCCCCUUACUGCUAGGACGUCCCUUCCUCGCCACUGCUGAGGCAAAUAUAAAUGUGAAAAAGGGAGAGUUGACAAUCUUCAUGGGAUAA